GAGUUCCUUAAUGCGGAGUGACGGGGAUGCAAUAGCUUUGCCGCUAACGCCAAUGCAGUGGUUAGCUAACCAAGCUCUUCUGACCAUUUAGAGGUUCUCGCUGUAAAACAUAAUGAGCUCUAUCGGGACCGGGUAUGACUUGUCUGCCUCCACUUUUUCACCGGAUGGCAGGGUAUUUCAAGUUGAGUAUGCCAUGAAAGCGGUGGAAAACAGCAGCACAGCAAUUGGGAUCCGCUGCAAAGAUGGAAUAGUGUUUGGUGUAGAGAAGCUGGUCUUGUCUAAACUCUACGAGGAAGGUUCCAACAAGCGCAUCUUCAAUAUUGAUCGUCAUGUUGGAAUGGCUGUGGCAGGGCUUCUCGCAGAUGCCAGAUCUCUCUCUGAGGUGGCAAGGGAAGAGGCCUCCAACUUCCGCUCCAACUAUGGCCAUGACAUCCCUCUGAAGCAUCUGGCAGACAGAGUCGCCAUGUACGUCCAUGCCUACACGUUGUACAGUGCAGUACGGCCUUUUGGAUGCAGUUUCAUUCUCGGAUCUUAUGAUGAAGAUGAUGGUCCUCAGCUCUACAUGGUUGACCCUUCAGGAAUUUCAUAUGGUUACUGGGGCUGUGCCAUUGGAAAAGCCAAGCAAGCCGCAAAGACAGAGAUUGAGAAACUUCAGAUGAAAGAAAUGACGUGCAGAGAGCUGGUGAAGGAGGUUGCAAAAAUCAUCUACAUUGUACAUGAUGAAGUGAAAGACAAAGCCUUUGAGUUGGAGCUCAGCUGGGUUGGAGAAAUCACGAAAGGCAGACAUGAGCUGGUCCCUAAGGAUAUCAAAGAAGAGGCUGAGAAAUAUGCUAAAGAUUCGUUGGAGGAGGAGGAUGACUCUGAUGAGGACAACAUGUAAACCACUUGCUUAGCAGGCGAUAUUUUCCGCUUGCCUAAUCUAUCCCAUUUUUCAUGCACCCUGACAGCUAUCGACCUCCUUAAUUCAUAAAAUUUCUUUUAUAUAUGUUUUGUAGUCAAUGGACCGAUUGAGUCCUAUGUUUUCUUUUGAGGGUUUAAAAUAAAAUAAAAAAAGUCCUUUCA